AUGUCAGGGAUGUCUAAUUUAAAUUUUGACCAACAUAAUUUUUCAAAUCUCGAUUCUAGUUCAUUACCUUCAAUGCUCAAUGAACCUUUGACCAAUGAACGACAUGAAGAAGAAGAUGAGGAAGUUGGAAGAGAAAAUAGCCCUUUUAUGCCUGAAAAUGAGGAAAGAAAUAUUUUGUCGUUUCAAGCUUCAACAUCUCAAUCUGUUGAACAAUUGAAUAGAAGUCCUCGAAGACGUAAUCGACAUUCUAAUAAGAGGAAUAGACGUCGUAGGAGGAUUUAUAGUGACACUGACUUAUCAAAAAUGCGCCCAUUAAUUCUCUCACCAUUUAUGCCGAAUUUUGCAACCCAAAUUUCGGUUGAUGCUCAAAAUAGACGUCUAACAAAUACAAGUCUAACAGGUAUUCGAACAAUAUCAACAGCUCCUCAACAACCAACAUCAGCAACUAUAGUGCCUACAAAUAUUUUUUUACCAAAAAGUGGAGUUGACAAAUUAACUGUUAAAAAUGAGACGCGUAGUAAUCAAACAAGCAAGUAUGGCUCUGUUCCAGCAAUAAAAGUAAAUAAUGUUGUUACUGAACAAAUGUUGCAUCAAACAAUACCUGAAGGUGAAAUGGAAUCUGAUGAGUCUGAUGAUGAUGAAGAUAAAAGUAGCAGCAGUAGUGAAUCUUCUUCUUAUACUCGUUUUUCUGAAUUGACAAAAAAGCAACUGGCAACCAUUGGAAUGUUAGCAGUAGCCAACCUUUGCAGCACAAUAGCUUUUAGUUGUAUUGCGCCUUUUUAUCCUACGGAAGCUGAAUUUAAAGGUAUGAACACCUCCGAGAUUGGACUUAUUUUUGGUAUUUUUGAAUUGGUUAUGUUCAUUACUGCACCUUUUCUUGGAAAAUAUAUGGCUUCUGUUGGCUCAAAAAGAAUGUUUAUAACUGGCCUUUUAAUAACAGGCAUUACAGCUAUUGGUUUUGGAACUUUAAAUCUUUUACCUGCCGGAAGAAUUUUCUUUUGGUCUUCUUUAGUUAUUAGAUGUCUUGAAGCUUUAGGUGAUGCUUGUUUUGUUACCUCUUCUUUUGCAAUAAGCGCAAAAUGUUUUCCUGGAAGAAUUGCGACGAUUGUUGGCAUAAUGGAAACUUUUGCUGGUCUUGGAUAUACAGCGGGUCCAAUAAUUGGAAGUGUCCUUUACGAAUAUGGCGGGUUUCAAUUACCUUUCUUCGUUCUUGGCGUUCUUUUAAUUUUUGCUACAGCUGUUUCUUAUUUUUUAAUUGAAAAUAUUGAUGACGAACCAACAGAAGAUGCAAUGGGAAUGCUUUCAAUGCUUCGAAUUCCUGUUAUUUGGUUAAUGGUUUUUGCAGUUAUUAUUUGUGCAAUAUCUUUAUCUUUCUUUGAUCCGACUUUAGCUGGACACCUUGCUCAGUUCAACUUAUCAACAAUAAUGGUUGGAUUUAUGUUUCUUCUUUGUGGAGGAUUUUAUUGUGUGACUGCCCCACUUUGGGGUUUUAUAUUAGAUCGUUGGCAUUGUUGCAAUUUAUUAAUGCUUUUUGGUUCUACAGCAACGACUUUUUCAAUGCUUUUUGUUGGACCUUCUCCUUUUUUGGAUAUUGACAAAAAUCUCUUUUUAAUUGGUGUAUCUUUAGCAAUUUUGGGAAUUGCAGCAGGUUUCUUUUUAAAAUUGGUGUUUGAUAUCACCGGGUUGGCAUUGAUUCUAAUGACAAUGAGACUGGGACUUCUGGUGGGACCUCCCGCCGUUCCCCAAGGAAUCUUUCUUCGAAGACGUGCUCUCUAUAUUCCAACAUUUCAAAAUUGUCUUGACGCUGUAAAGGAAAAUGGAUAUGAUGACUCAUUUCAAACAUACGGUUGUGUAUCUGGUGUUUUUCAAUCUGCAUUUGCCUUUGGAGCUUUUAUCGGUCCAACAUUAGGUGGCCUUUCUGUACAAACUUUUGGUUUUCCUUUAACAACAACUUUUAUUGCUGGGAUUAACCUUGUUUUUGUCUGUACUUUGUUAAUCUUUUUUUCUGUCAAACGAAUGUCAAAAAGAAGAACUUCAUGUUCUGGUGUAUCGAGUGACAGGGAAAACAAUUUAAAUUCACUUUAA